AUGGGCGGCGCUCAAUGGAAACGCGAGUUCGUGCAGGACCACAAGUUCGACUUUAUCAACGUGGACGACUUUGUCGAUAACUCCUGCUGGCGCCAUUUUACCUACAUGCUUGUCUUUGCAGCCAUCAUCCGCGGCAUUCUCGUCUACUGCUCCGAUAUCUUCACCGCCGCUAACUUGCUCGCCAACUCGAACGAAAAUUCCUUUGUCCCCAAAACUGGCGUCCAGCUCGAUCUCCUUGGCAAAUUGCCCUUCGACGUCUACAAAUAUCUGUUCUCGGGCUGUAUUCUCCUGGGCUUCGUGCUCUUGGGCUUGGAGAUUCGUAGGGCGAGGAUGAUCAUCGUUUCCAGAGAUAUCUCCUAUGCGUUUACGUCCCUGAUCGCCAGUCGCUAUUACACUGUGAAAUCGUAUCCACAUUUUUGCCUCUUUGCUCAGAUCAACAAUUCGAAGAAGACGGUGGAUGAGAUCGCCUUUUUCUGCUUCUUUACUUUCCGAAACUGGAAGCGACUCAUGUUGGCAGACGCACCCCGACAGGUCAUUAAUGCGACGAUUUUAUACCAGACAUUCCGAGACCACCCUGUCAACUUUAAAGAGAACGGGAUCUUUGACUGGAACAAGGUCGUUGGAGCGGACGAGUCAUUGCUGCUGAAGAAAAUUACCCUCGGGGGUAUGAUCUUCACAGUGUUUAUGUUUGCGCUCUCGUUGCUUAUGCUCAUCAGCGCGGUCAUCCUGUACAUCCCCUUGGUCAGUCAUAUUCAAGGAAAUUUGAAGGAAUUUUGUUGCCACAAGAUUGAUAAACGGUAA